AUGUCAGUUUCAACUAUAAUUAACAUUGAAAAAAAUCUAGGCCGUUAUGGCUUAUCGACAUUAAUUGUGUUGGGUAAUGUGGGUAAUAUUCUAACAAGUCUUAUAUUCAUACGAACAUUAAGAAAACAACCUAAUUCAUGUACAUAUUAUUUGUUAGCUGCUUCAAUUGUAAAUUGGGUUUUGAUUAAUACUACACUUAUCUCUACACUCUAUGGAGUUGAUCAUGUUGAUCCACAACACAGAUCAAUUGUCGUAUGUAAAUUACGUUGGUAUGGUGGACAAAUAUUAUUAAUGUUGUCACGAAGUUUCAUGAUAGCUGCAUGUGUUGAUCGAUGGGCUCUUACUUCUUCAAAUGCUAGAAUUCGAUCAAUUUGUCGACCAAAAAUUGCUCGUAACGUUAUUCUCAGUCUUUUAUUGAUUUGGCCAAUCAUACCAGUGCAUAUGGCUAUUUUCAUUAAUAAUUAUUCUGGUCAUUGUGGCGCACCUUCUAAUUAUGCUUUGGCAUUUGCUAUUUAUUUAUUUAUUUUUAUUGGUUUUCUUCCACCAUUCUUGAUGAUUUUCUUUGGUAUACUUGCCUUGCAUAAUUUAAAGCGAAUCCGAUCACAAGUUAGACCAAGACAAAAUCCUGUUGCAAUUCGUUUACACAAAGCUGAUCGAGAUCUGAUGAGAAUGUUAGCGGGUGAAGUAUUGGUCUAUUUAGUUACCACAGUUCUGUAUCCUGUUAAUGUACUCUAUGGUUUUAUCACGACGCCCAUCGCAUAUCAAAAGAGUGAAAUGCGAUUAGCUAUUGAAGCACUUGUUGGAUACAUUAUUAGUCCAAUACUGAAUUAUAUUUAUUGUGUUGCUCAAUUCUAUGGUAUGAUGUCAUGUUAA